CUCCGCGUGCCCCGCGGCCCCCCGCGCCCCCCCCCGGCCCCCCCCGCCAGCCAUGUGGUCGUUCUUCUCGCGGGACCCCGCCAAGGACUUCCCCUUCGAGGUCGGGGAUCGCGUGGAGGCGCUGCAGGGCCGGUGCAUGUGGGGCCUGCACCAGGGCAAGCGUAAGGCCGGCAGUGACCCCGUGUCCAUCUUCGUCUUCGACAUCCGCGCUGGCGCCGAGGCGCAGGCCGCCGUGGCGAGGGCCUCGCUCAAGCGGCUCAAGACCAUGAGGCACCCGAACAUUCUGAGCUUCAUCGACGCACUCGAGACUGACAAGUGCCUCUACCUGGUCACGGAGCCCGUGGUGCCCCUGGAGGUUCAUCUGAGCAGCGAGCGCGGCACCAGCGGUGACCUCAACGCCAACGCCGUUUCCUGGGGCCUGCACCAGAUCGUGAAAGCCCUGAGCUUCCUCGUCAACGACUGCAACCUCGUGCACAACAACGUGGGCGUGGCAGCCGUCUUUGUGGACCCCGCGGGCGAGUGGAAGCUGGGCGGCCUGGACUACGUGUGCGCGGCGGGCGACGCGAACGGCGGUGGAGGGUCAACUCCCCCUGCCAAGGCCCUGCCGGCGCUGGAGAAGUACGACCCCCCCGAGCGGGCCGAGAAUCCGCGCGCUCGCCAGGCCGCCGCCGAGAAGUGGUCAGGAGACAUGUGGGGUCUGGGCUGCCUGGUCUGGGAGGUGUUCAAUGGCCCGCUGCCCAGACCAUCAUCUUUAAAGGCACUGGGGAAGAUCCCGCAGUCCCUCGUGCCGCACUACUGCGAACUGGUGGGUGCCAACCCGCGCCUGCGCCCCAACCCCGCGCGCUUCCUGCUCAGCUGCCGGGCGCCCGGGGGCUUCAUGCACAACGGCUUUGUGGAUACGAGCCUCUUCCUCGAGGAGAUCCAGAUCAAGGACGCGGCGGAGAAGCAGGAAUUCUUUGGAACGCUGAGCGAUCACCUGGACGGUUUCCCGGACGAGUACUGCCGGCGCCGCAUCCUGCCGCAGCUGCUCACCGCGUUCGAGUUUGGCGGCGCCGGCGCCGUGGUGCUCACGCCGCUCUUCAAGAUCGGGAAGCUGUUGAGCACCGAGGAGUACCAGCAGAAGAUCAUCCCGGUGCUCGUCAAGAUGUUCUCCUCCACGGACCGCGCCACUCGCAUCAAGCUGCUGCAGCAGAUGGAGAUGUUCAUCCCGUACCUGACGGACACCACCGUCAACUCGCAGAUCUUCCCCCACGUCGCCCACGGCUUCCUCGACUCUAACCCGGCCAUCCGCGAGCAGACGGUCAAGUCGAUGCUGCUUCUUGCGCCCAAGCUGAACGAGAACAACCUGAACGUGGAGCUCAUGAAGCACUUUGCUCGGCUCCAGGCCAAGGACGAGCAGGGUCCCAUCCGCUGCAACACCACCGUGUGCCUGGGCAAGAUCGCGCCGUACCUCUCCCCCACCACGCGCCAGCGCGUGCUGACCUCGGCGUUCUCCCGCGCCACCAAGGACCCGUUCCCGCCGUCGCGCGCCGCCGGCGUUCUGGGCUUUGCGGCGACGCACAACUUCUACCCCCUGAGCGAGUGCGCCGCGCGCAUCCUGCCCACGCUGUGCGCCCUCUCCAUCGACCCCGACCGCAACGUGCGCGACCAGGUCUUCAAGGCAGUGAAGUGCUUCUUGGGGAAGCUGGAGACGUUAUCGGAAGACUCGAGCAAGCAGGCUGAGCUGGAGAAGGAUGUACACGCAGGAGUGGGUGGGGGGGCCAGGGGUCCCGAUGGAAGCCUGGCGGGUGGAGGGUGGGCGGGUUGGGCCGUGACGGGUGUGACCUCGCUCACCUCCAAGCUCAUCCGCUCGGGCCCCACCGGUCCCGCAGAGCAGCCGCCCUCCUCCGAGCACGGACAGCCGGCGGCCGCGCCGACGCAGCCGCCAGUCGCCGCGGCAGCCCCCGGCGCCGCUGGCGCGGCCGGUGCAGACGCGCGGGACAAAGUGGAGAGGACACGAGGAGGCGGAGCGGUGCCUCGCGCAGCAGAAGCUUCCCGGGCAGAGGAGGAGGAAGAGGAGGAGGAGCACGAGGUGGAGGAGGACGAGGAGCAGCAGCAGGAGGAGGAGGGAGGGUGGGAUGACGACGGGGACUGGGGCAGCCUGGAGGAGCAAUCGCAGUCGGCGAGCCGCGCAGCCGCAGAGAAGGACAGGCAGACGGACAAGACUCCGAACCCCAUGAAGAUGGCCCCGAGCCGGCCGCCCGCCGCCUCCUCCAGGUGGGACGAUGCCUGGGGGGAGGAGGCGUCUUGGGGUCGCCCCGCGGGGGCUGCAGAGAAGCGGACGGCAGUAGCGGCUCCAGCUCAGCAGGGACGCGACCUGGAGGAGUGGGCCAACGACUGGGGGGAGGAGACCGCGUCGAGCCGCGCCACGGGGAAAGGAGCCGCCGCCAAAGACGCCGCCGACGACGUGAAGCCAGCGAGUGCCUAUGACUGGGAGGGCACUGCCCCGCGCACGCAGGACGCAGGAGGGGGCGGCUGGGAUCUGGAAGGAAAUUGGGAAUCCCUGGAGCCAAGUGCAGCCGCGAAUCCAGCCGAGGAAGCGCGCAAGAAGCGGGAGGAGCGGCGGCAGCAGAGGCAGCAGGAGCUGGAGGCCAAGCGGGCCGAGCGCCGGGCCGCCAAGGGGCCGCUGCGCCUCGGGGUCCGCAAGCUGGACUAGCGUGCUCAACGUGGAGACGGCCCCUGCUGGCCGAGGAAGCCUCGCGCGCAACACCGGCACCUUGGGGACACCGAGAAACCGCUUCCCGGAAUCCCGGAACCCUGGAAUGCCAGAACCCCGGAGCGCCGGUGGACUUGGCACUCCAGCGACAGUGCGUGUCAGGAGCUCUAAGGGAGCACGGACCUGGGAAUGCUAAAUGUGCGACGCGUGUGGUGGUUGUGAGGUAUUUUAUGUUCUACUUAAAUUCCAAAGUGGGCGAUGAGAAGAGCUCGGAGGAUGCGUAGUGGCCGUCGCGGCCACGCGGCCAAUUUUGUUUGCCUUUUGUUGUCCGUGCCUGUAAUCUCUUGUAUAUUGCGAUAUCUCUGUAAAUUAGCACGACGGCAUUUUAAAAAGAAAACAAAGCAGAACCACGAGUGCUGUACGGCAUGUGUCCUCGGCGAUGUGCAAUACAGCGAGACGGGCCACGGUGGCUCGCCGUUAAAGCGUG